AUGCCGCAGAACGAACACAUUGAGCUCCAUCGCAAACGGCAUGGUCGUCGUCUCGAUUAUGAAGAGAGGCUACGCAAGAAGCAGGCUCGUUCCGGCCAUGAGCGCGCACAAAAGGCGAAGAAGCUGCGCGGUAUCAAGGCCAAGCUCUACAACAAGAAGCGCUAUUCCGAGAAGGUUGAAAUGCGCAAACUUCUCAAGCAGCAUGAAGAGAAAGAACAGAAGAGCACAAAAGAACAGCCUGACCAAGGAGCUGUCCCGGCCUAUCUCCUCGAUCGUCAGCAGCAGACAAGCGGCACUGUGCUUUCGAAUAUGAUCAAGCAGAAGCGUAAAGAAAAAGCUAGCAAAUACCAAGUGCCGAUCCCCAAAGUCAAGGCCCUCGCUGACGCCGAGGCGUUCAAGGUGGUCAAGACCGGUAAAUCCAGAAGGAAGGGCUGGAAGCGAAUGGUCACAAAGGUCACGUUCGUCGGCGAGUCGUUCACCAGAAAGCCAGCCAAGUUCGAGCGCUUCAUUCGGCCAAUGGGAUUGCGUUUCAAUAAGGCUCACGUCACUCAUCCCGAGUUGCAGACGACUUUCUGCUUGCCGAUCGUCGGCGUCAAGAAGAACCCGUCUUCCCAGAUGUACACCAGCUUGGGCGUCAUCACACGAGGAACCGUUAUUGAGGUCAACGUCUCCGAGUUGGGUAUGGUCACGCAGGGCGGUAAAGUCGUUUGGGGAAAAUAUGCGCAGGUCACCAACAACCCGGAGAACGACGGCUGCAUCAACGCGGUGCUGCUCCUC